CUUUAAGAAGACAUUAGAGAUGAUAUAUUUGUAAAACUGAACCAGACAGAGCAGACAAUGAAUAUCAUUUGCAUAAAACCACCACGUCCAACAUGACCGACAACACGCCAACGCAAUAGCAGCCCAUAUAUGUUCAGUACUCAAAGCUCCAGUGUCCCAUCCGUGACGACAACUGAUGAAAAACCCUUUUACGCGCAGCCAAACGAUACCUGCUCGUUGCCAAGGUCUUGUUUCCUUUGAGCCCACAGUUGGUGGUGUACAAUGUGAAUGAUGCAUUGUGGGAUGAAAUAAGAUGCCGGCAGACCGGAGCUGGAGAAAAACGCUUACAACACACGGGGAGGCUGCAGCUCGGCCAAUGACAGGGUGCAGCAUGCGGCAGAGGGGCGGGGAGCUGUUGGAGCGCAGCAGAGAGCCAACCUACAUGCUUAUUGGGAAUCUUUAAAAAACAAUUAGCCGCAGCAUCAUCUAAACCUCUCCCUCCUCUGGCUGGGUGAAAUACAUAUUUUUGAGGGGGGAAAUAAGCGUUUUCAUUCGGCUCAAGAAAAGGCAUCCUCAUCCUCAACCAUGACUGACAGGAAAGCUGUGAUCAAGAACGCCGACAUGUCCGAGGACAUGCAGCAGGACGCGGUGGACUGUGCCACCCAGGCCAUGGAGAAGUACAACAUAGAGAAGGACAUAGCAGCCUACAUCAAGAAGGAGUUUGAUAAGAAGUAUAACCCCACCUGGCACUGUAUCGUCGGGAGGAACUUCGGCAGCUACGUCACCCACGAGACGAAGCACUUCAUUUACUUCUACUUGGGCCAAGUGGCCAUCUUGCUCUUCAAGUCUGGCUGAGAAGUUUCUGCUGGGUGUUGAGGAGUUUUUCUCUCUGAACCUAAAUCGGAAGAUGCACUGGUGGCUGAUGUCUCUCAUACACUAAUAACAACAUACCGUAAUGAUGCAAACCCGGCCGUGCGCAAUUGCAUGGACUAUACACUUUAAUAUGUAUGUUACAGUAAGUUUACUUUUCGGUAGUUGCCAUUUGAAUGCAACUGAAUUAGUUUUUGUUGAUGCUGUUAAAUUCUAGGUUGUAAAAGAUUUCAACGUCGCCCUUGAUUGUAUAAUAAAGGAAGGCUGUAGAAUGUAGUGGUGCAUCUGCUUUCCUUCACAAGUGGCAUCGCCAGACCCUGUUAUGAGACUCCAUCUGUCAGUUUAGAUGGUCAAAUCGUUGCGUGCAUAAGUUUACUAAUUCAUUAUCAAGAUUUUAACGUGUGAUCAUGAAAAUAAGUUGAACAAUGGGGCAAAAUAGUCUUCAGAUGAGUUAUUUCACGGCCAUCCUUUGGUUUCCACGCUAACAAACAGCAUGGGUUCUGUUUAUAACUGCUAUUUUAUUAAUUUAAAAUAUGUACAUGCAAUUGCAAAACCUUUAACGUUUUCAAUUUGGAUUUAAAAUAACAUGUCCAAUGGAUCUCAGACAAAGAUCUUCACAACAUCCAACAAGCUUGACAUUUUGGAUCUAACGCAAGCAAGUGCACACAUUGACAGGGAUGUGUGGUUCUCACUGUGGGACGGUCGAGCAAAUGAAGCUCAAACACAGACCUUAAGCCUGUAAUGUCCGAGUAACCUCACGACGUACUGGUCACCGACAUCUUCCAACUCGCAUACCGAGAUUGCAUUCUUGUAAUCCUGUGUUUCUGCAUGUUUGGAGGAUAAAGUCAAUUUAUUUAGCCGUCAUCAAACCUAAGUUCACCUUGAAGCAAAAUCAUUUAUUUAACUUUUGAGUAUGUAGAUAUUGGACUGAGCUUUAGGAAGGCGUUUUAGAUAAAAACAUCUGCUGUCAACUCCGCCGAUGCUCCCAACACCCGUGUGUUUCAGAUGGGUUUGUCGUCAUGUAUGGCUCUUGAUACUUUAAAGUUGCAUUAACCCUCUAACGUUUAAUUUUGUAUUUACUUUUAAUUCUUUUUAACAUGUGUACUGCCAGACAUGAAGGAAAUACGACAUAUUUAAGAGUACUUUAAGCAACUGGAAGGAGACGUACCUCUUGUCUAACUGAUUUGGGGAUUCCUUUUUGUCAUGUCAGCAAAUUAGUUUCAGAGGGCAAUGCAUGUUUGGAUCCUUUCAGAGACAGGUCGGGGGCAUGUCGUCCACGCAGUUGGUGGUUAACAACACAUUUCUUGCUGUGUGUAAAGACUAUGUUUUUAGUUGCUAACUCCCAUAAUACAACAAUGGGUAAAAUGUGUAUCUCAAGUGUUAGCUUGGAUUGACGUCGAGGAGUGUCUUUCUAACUAUUGUCGAUGUCAGCUGAUUUAGUAUUGUUUUCCUCUGGCAUGUAUUUUUGCUGUGUAUAUGUAGAAGCCGUUCCGAUGUUGUUUAAAUUUACACAAAACGUGUGCCUGUCAUUACUCUCAACUGUAACCGGCUUGAGUACAAUUGCACUUCAUUAGAGUUAUCCAGUAGGUUGCUACAGAACCAAAAUCAUAAAAACUCGAUAAAAUAAAGUACAUAAUUGUUGACUUAU